AUGGAUCCUUACAAUCUUACCACAGGUAUACCUGAAGUACAACAGGAUAUAUCUUAUGUUCGCUAUGUGUUGGUCAGUGUCUUCUUUCUGCCGUGUGCCAUUGUCAUUUUUGUCGGAAACACAUUUGUCCUGUUGGCGUACAAGAGGGACAAACGGAUCCGGAGAAAUACAACCAACGCCUAUAUCCUCAACCUUGCUGUGGCCGACCUUCUUGUGGGUGUUGACAUGGCAAUUCAUUUCCCUAUAUAUCUUACAGGUAAGUGUAAGUUUGGCGGGGCGUUUUGUAUCGUCUUGAUGGCGCUGGACUACACAGCGACGGACAUGUCUAUAAUGACGAUCAUCGCCAUCAGCGUCGACAGGUACCUUAUGGUGCACAAUUCCCUACGGCAUCUAUCGAGACAAUCCCACAAGAAGGUAGCCAUCAAUUGCAGUAUCCUCUGGAUGACCUGUCUAGCUGCCCAUUCGACUCUUGCCUUCACCUACUCCUCAAUGACAGGAUUCCUGCAUGAUGAGAACAGAAUAGCCGCGUGUGACCUUGGGUACGGAAAGAACCUGGUCGUCCUCAUUGUAAUGUUCUUAAUCGAGUUCCUGGUUCCUGCUAUAUGCGUCUCCGCCCUCAAUCUCACAGUGUAUUUUCGUUUGAAGAGACGUACCAACAAGCUCCAAACCAGGCAAGGUCGAGACCACCAAGUAUCAUCUGUGUCUCGGACAACCUCCUUGGAAAACGAUGACAUGCAGAUUCAUGGAAGCGGAUCAGGUUCUCAACACCAAAAAGCGGCAAGGUUCUUGGCAUUGCUUCUGAUCGCCUUCACAUUAUGCUGGUUGCCCUUUUAUAUCAACGGAUGCUAUACAUUUUUAUAUUCCUCUGGUCUUCAUAAUGAAGCGCUUACCCAUCUCGUGACAUUCGUUCUGUGGAUGGGUUCUGCCAUAAAUCCAUUCUUGUACGCUUUCACCAACGUCUUCUUCAAGGAGAAUUUUAAGCACUUUUUGAGAUGCAAGUGA